AUGAGAAGCGUCAAAAGUGCUAAUUCUAGAAGACCAUUAUCUACCCUUCCUAAAGCUUAAUCAUAGAUCAUGGAAAUUACCUUAUCUCCUCAAAUAAGAAGAUUCGUUCCAAGUAUGUAAAGCCUUCUUGAAAACUUAUAUGCUAAGAAAUGUGAAGAAUUAAAGAUUCAGUUACAACCAGAAUAAAUGGUAAGAUUCUAAGAUAAAGUAUUGAGUUAAUACUCUGGCCAUACUAUUGAUUUAUCAGAACUAUCCUUACCUGCUAAUUGUAUACCUUUAAUCAAUAAAGUUAUCAAAAAUGUUCCUUUUGUUAUACUAUCAUAAAAUCCUCUUUAUGAUGGCAUAAAGAAUCUUUAACUACCUAUGGUUAGUUUGACUUUAUGCAAUUGUGGAAUUGGUCCAAGAGGACUAGCAGUUCUUUUCUAAACUCUAUCAAUCAAUCAAACUCUCUAUCACUUAAAUAUUGGCAAUCCAUUUUCUAAUGAGAGGAAUAGACUUGGAUUAUCUUUAAAUUAAUUGUCAGAAGCAAUUAAAAAAAAUAGAAUCUUAGCAAUUUUAGACAUAAGUGGUUGUGGUAUUUAUGAUUUAAGAAAAUUAAACUCUGCCUUUGCAGAAAAUCGUAAUCUUUUACAUAUUAAUGUUUCUGAUAAUGAACUUAAAGAUACACUAAUCUUACCACCAUAUUUAGAAAGAUUAGAAGCAUAAAAUAAUAUGUUUGGAUAAUAAGUUGUCUAAAUUACUGAAUAAUUAAGAUAAGGUUCUGAUGCUGUUCAUGCUAGAGAAAUUAAUCUUAAAAGAAAUAAAUUAACUAUUCAUUAAUUAUUUGCAAUUUUAGAAUAAAUAGAAAGAAAUACUCAUCUGAAUAAAUUAAUAUUAGAUGAAAAUACUUUCAUAGGAGAAAAUAAUAUUUGUAUAUGUAAUUAUCUUGUGUAUAACAAUCAUUUGGAAUAUCUUUCUUUGAGAAACUGCUCUUUGACUUAGAAUUUUAUCGAACAAUUAGCAUCAGGUUUGUGCAGAAAUGCAUGUUUAAAAACUUUAGAUAUAAGCAAGAAUAUCAUUGGAGAUUAAGGAGCUUUAGCAUUAGUAGAAGGAUUCUAAGGUUCAUGUAAUCUCAAAUGUAUUAUAAUGAAAAGAUGCGGAUUAACUGAUGUAAGUGGUUUAGAACUAUUUAAAACAUUUCUUAAGUCUAAUAUUUAGGAAUACGAUUUCUCAAAUAAUCUUAUGGGAGAUUAAACUGCUAUGUAUGCAAUCUAAUUGAUAAAAAAGAAUAAAGACAUUGUUAAAAUGAAUUUCAAGAAAAAUCUUAAUUCAUAUGAGACUAAUAAAUAAAUUGAAAAACUGUUGUUUGAUAAUAUCUAAGAUAGAAAAAGAAAUAUUAUACCUCAUCUUCGCCAUAAAGUUUAAGGAAUGACAGACUUUAGAGAAUAAUAAGAAUAUGUUGAUAAGAAGAAGGAAUAACUUUUUGUGAAAAAGGUUCAAGCUGAAAAAGACUUUAAAUUUGCUUAAUCUUAAGUAGUAUUAUGCUAAUAGGGAGCCAAAGAACGAACUUAAACUGUUGAAGAUCGAUUGAAUAAAUUAAGAGAAGAAUUACAUCAUUUGACUGUCAAAUAAAUGAAUAUUGAUAAAUUUCUAUGGAAUUAAAUUGCAGUUAUUGAAGAUGAACAGAAACAAAUUACUGACUAAAUUAAGAAUGAAAAUACUUUCAUUGUAAAUUUAAACAAAUAAAUUUAAGAAACUUAAGUAUUUAUUCUUAUCAUAUAAAGAGUAAAUAAAAAUCUAUGGUUUAAUUUUAUAAACAAUAGAUGGAAAAUCUGAGAUUGUAGGAUGGAAUUACUAAAAGAAAGUUAGAUUAAUAAUAAUAGGAAUAUAAUAGUAUUUAAUCAUAAUUAGAAUUUGUUAGAAAAUAAUAGAAAGCAAUAAUAAAAAAAUGA